AUGAGUGGAUUGGUGGAUGGCGUGAUAAAUGUACAGUCAGCUACAUAUGGACGAAAAGACAAAGAAUUAUGCAGUAUCGGUCGACCUCCAACGGAGCUGGCAAACACAAAUUGUUUGCAGGCGGUUCCACUCAUCUCACAAAUAUGUAAUGGAAGAAGAGAGUGUGAGAUCAACCCUCACACAUUUUCUCUUCCUGACCCAUGUUAUGGAACUUACAAAUAUUUUACCACAACCUAUGAGUGCAUCCCAGCAUGGACCAGCCUGACAUGUGAAGCUGGAUACAGUAAAUUGAACUGUGGGAAUUAUGUGAUUCAGAUCAACACAGCAAAUUAUGGACGCACAGAUAGCACAAUUUGCUCUGCUGGACGGCCUUCCGGUCAGAUCACCAAUACAAACUGCUUUGCUCCUAAAACAUUCACUGAAGUAUCCAAGCAGUGUAAUGGAAAGCACAGCUGUUAUGUGCAUGCUUCGCACACUAUCUUUUCUGAUCCUUGCUUUGGGACCUACAAGUACCUGGAAAUCUCUUAUUUCUGCCUUCCAGUCCAUUAA